AUGCGUCUCUCCACACUCACCCUCACUGCCCUCGCCCUCGCCGUCUGCGCUGUGGCGACCCCCGCCCCCAAUGCCCGGCAGCAGACGAAGGGCCAAAUCGUGCAGCCGGCGAACGGGGCGGUGAUCGCGCCCGGCGCGGCGUUCCCGUUCGAGUACACCACCAUGGCGGACUACGGCGUGUCGAGCUACAACUACACCGUCUACCUCUUCACCUCGCCGCCCGCGUCCUUCUCGCAGUCGCCCGACUUUGCGGAGGGCGUGUUCCUGGGGCGCUUCGCGGAGGCGAACUACCCGGGCAACCCCGCGCCGCCGAACCCGCCGCCGGCGACGCUGACGAUGCCCGACUUUGCGAAGAGCCCCGGCGGGUUCGGCGCGGGCGCGAGCGGGGAGAACAGGAAGUUUGUGCUGCUCGUGAUGGAGGAGUAUGCGACGGGCGAGGGCGCCCUCGGGCUCCGUCUGGCGCUCGCGAUGAACAGCGUUGUGUAUAAUGGGACGAAGCAUUAG